AUGGAUCAGAGAAGAGCAAAGAAGCAGAGCCUUGACAACAUGCCAGAAGACCUGCGCAUGGUCAUUGUUUCUAAAGUGGGAGCUAACUCCGCAUUGGACUACUUCAACGCGAUCAUAGCGUCCAAAAGCCUCUGCUUCCGUUUUGACAACCGCUUUAUCGCUAGAGAUCUCAACCUCGAGCCGUUGGUCAAGAAACCAGCCCAAGCGAAGAGAUACAGAUCGUUAAUGGACAGCUGUCUCCAAGCCAAUAACGUCCAUGCUCACUUCGUGACAGGUAUGCUUCAGUACUUCGACUCCCCAAAUCAAUUCUUGGGUAUGCAUCACCUCCGCAUAGCAUCAAAGGCUGGUCACCUCCAAGGAAGGUACGUUUAUGGAGUUCUCCUCAUGGCCAUAGGCCAAACUGAAAAAGGAGUACGAAUCAUCAACAAAUUGACCGAUGAGAAGGGUAUUGAAACAGUGAAAAACUGCAUCUAA